AUGCCUGCUGCAAAUUUUGUCAAAUCUUCUACUCCUUUUAGUGGAGUACCAUCUAUGACUUUACAUAAUACGGCAACGGCUGUUCAAAGUGGUCCGUAUACAAAAGCACAAUUUCAAAGUACAAUGGAAGGUUCUCGAACAAUAAAAAAUAAUAAAGAAAUUGAACAAAUUCUUCGUGAUUAUCCAGCUGCAUUGGAACUUUAUCGAACAGGAAAAUAUAAAGUUAAAGUUAAAUGUGAAGCUGAUGUUGAACGUGUUAUUCUUGUUGAAAAAAAAGUAACAAAAAUUGCAUCAAAUAAUUCAACAAAUAAAAAUCAAGAUAAUAAUCAAACUGUUCCUGAUGUUUCGACUAAUAAUGAACAAAAUAAAGAAAUUGACCAAGAACAAGAUUCACAACAAUUACAUAGUCGUACACAAUCACAAGAACAUGUUCCACCAACAACAUCAACAACAAAUGGUAAUAAUAUUGUUCAUGCAACAAUAUCAUCAACUUGUAUAACAAAUAAUAAUCAACCUAAAGUUGAUCAUCAACGAGCACCAUCAAAUGAACGUGAUGUUUCUGCAAUAUCUAAAAAAAAACAGCCUACUCAUCAACCUAAUUAUUCAGAUGAUAUUCAACAUAAAGCAUUGAAUAACAAACAACAAGGAGAUAAAAUCAAUCGAGACUAUCCGAGACUUAUGAUGCCUUAUGUUUCACAAGCUAAUAAACCUGAAAAUCAAUGGCAACAACUACGAUUUCAACAUCCAUAUCAUAGCAAUCCUGCAUUACAACAACAGCAACAACAACAACAACAACAACAACAACAACAACAACAACAACAACAACAACAACAGCAACGAUCAAAUUCAUAUGCGCCGGUACCAUAUGGAUCACAACAAAAUCCAAGAUUUCAACAACCGUAUUAUUAUCGUCAACGACCAACUACUCCAAUCAACUUUCUUCCACAACAAGCUGCAUUCCCAAUAUUAUCAACACCAGUAAUUCGUAAGCCAAAUCUUCAUUCAAUGAAUUACUAUCCAACAUCAACUCGAUCCAUGAAUAAUAUCGUGGGAAUUCCAUCAGCUAUUCGUACGUUUCAAUCGAAUCAACAACAACAACAACUUCCAUCUCUUCGUCAGAUGUAUCCACCACAAAUACGAUUUCCUAUGAAUCAUCCACGGCCUACUAUGAUAAAUGAUCCAUUGCGUAAUGUCAUUAAUAAUAGCAAUAGUUAUAUCGAACAACAAAAAGGUACAAGAAGUCGAACACAAAGUGUUGAUAUGGGUCCUCGUGGCAAUCUACCAGUUCAUAUGUCUAAUAUUCCACAACAAACUGGUGCUGCAGUUAUUGAACAGUAUCAUCAUCAUCGUCAUCAUCAUCAUCGACCUCAUCCAAUAAAUAAUGUUGAAAAUGGCAAAGAAGAAAAAAAUGUUACAUCUAAAGGACAAACAAAUGCAGUUAUUGUUGAAAAAUUAACCGUUCGUCAACUUAAUGAAACAUUUAAUCGAAUAGAUCCAUCAGGUCGAGUACCAUAUACUUCAAUACCUGGAAUUUUACAACGUUUUGGUAUAAUAUUAUCCGAUAAUGAUAUAAUUUCAGCUGCAAAAGAUCUUGAAUACAAUCUUAACGAACCAAUAUCUGCUCGACGUCUUAUACAUGUUCUGGUCAAAUUAGGUAAAAUAACAAAAUCAACUCAACAUCAUCAACAACAACGUCAACCUGUUUCACCAUCGAUGUUACCUGAGGAUCGUGAAGUUACGGAUAUAAUGACACAACGUAACACAACAAAUAAUCUUAUACAUUCAUCAAAUCAACCUAAUCAAUAA